UAGGCGGCGCUACAAACAUUUACUGCCAGUCAGAAGAAGAAGAAGAAGAGCUGGUUGUUUGUUUCUCUCGCGAGAUCUGACAAUACUGCUUUCGAAACAAGAAAACAAGAUGAGGUAAAAACAAGAUGGCGUUUGCUGAAGACGUUAUUGUGGCUAUUAUAGUACUGUCUUCCUAAUUAGUGCGUACAUGAACAAACAUAUGCUGUUCAACAAAGUAAACGUCGUCAAUAAUCCAUUGAUAUUCGGACUCAUUAGUCUAAGUGCACUUUGCUGCUUCUCAUGCUAGCUUAGCUUGCUAGCUAGCUUAGCUUGUUAGCUGCUAACAAAGAGACGUUAUCAACACAUCGCUAAGCAGAGAUCACGUGUGAGUGUAAAGUGUUGUGAUUGUGUGAAAAUGUGCGAAAGAACGAUAGCAGAGUACGAGGAGGAACUGUUUCGAACAAAAGAGGAGAAGGAGCAACAACAUCAACUACUGGACGCCUAUUACAGGAAACAUCAUCAGGUUGUGUUACACAGAACAGCUCCAGCUUGCCUUGCACUUUGUGCCAAGCUCUCCAGCAUUUUAUUUUAAACUUCACCUUUCCUUAACCACGGCCACCUGUGAACCGCAAACCUUGGAGCAACCCGUGGGACCAGGUUUUUAAUUACCUCUGUGACAGCAAAUAUCCAAAGGAUUUUGCCAAGCCUCAGAAGUCUGAUGAGAUCUUGUAAAAGCUUUACAAUCAAGGAUGGGCUAUCAAGGAAAGAGAGGAGGCCUGGAAGCUCUUUCUCGAGUUCCACUCUACGCCAAUCGGUGGACAUUCAGGAAGAGUCAAAACACAGCAUGCCGUUUGCUCAAGAUUUUACUGGAUAUUGACAAAUGGGUUACAGAACGUGACACGUGUCAAUGCCAACGCAAGCCUUUGGCAGCUGAAUUGCCUCUUCAAAAUAUAAAGGUGUCUGCUGUCUGGGAACUGUUAGGUAUCAAUCUGACAGGACCCUUGCCCAAAACUCCUGAUGGGUACCAAUAAAUUCUGACAGCUAUGGACUAUUUCUCAAAGUGUGCUCAUUUAUUUAUAGACAUGGCUGCCCAAUAUAUGGUCAGAUCGAAGCUGAGAAUUUGUCAAUGAGGAUGAAUUGAGCCAGACUUCAGUGGGCCUUGCAAAAUUGGGGAAAUAAAAGACAGGUGCCAUGUUCUACAUGCCAGAGUAGGUCAUCACAUUCUGAACGCACGCCAAUGAUGGGAGACUUAAAGAGAAAAAAUAAUAAAUCCACAAAUGUUCUAAACAGUAAGAAAACCUGCAGGACUAUAUUCAACUUCAGGAAGCAAAGGAAUUUCGACGACAAACAUCUGUGAAGAACAUCUUCUCCCUGAGCAGCAGGAGUGGACCUCCAGGAUGGAACAAGAUGAGACACAUCCCCCCCACAUUAAAGAGGAAGCGCAGGAGCUACAGCCCCCCGACAUUAAAGAGGAGGAGGAGUCUCGGCCACCGCACUUUAAAGAGGAAGACGAGGAACACAGCAUCAGUCAGGAGGGAGAGUAUCUUGAAAAACUGGAGGAGGUUGAUGUCACCAAGAUGGCAGUGAUUGGUGUGAUUGUGAAGAGUGAAGAUGAUGAGGUCAAAGGUGAAAGUGAGGACAAGAGAGAGGUGGAGCCUCCAAGCAGCAGCGCAACUCAACACAUGACAACAGAAUCUGAUGGAGACCACUGUGGAGGAUCACAAGCAGACAAGAUCUUAGCUCCACUAUCAGAUAGUGACGACACAGCGUCACACUCUCCUGACACUGAUGAUGAAGACUCUAAAGCUGAUAAGACAUGUCACACUGACAACACACCCUUGACAUGUUCUCACUGUGACAAAACUUUUAGUCACCAUAGUGAUCUGAAAAGACACAUGAGAAUACACACUGGAGAAAAACCUUUUAUCUGUUCAGUUUGUGCUAAAGGUUUUAUACAAAAUAGUGAUUUGAAAAUACAUAUGAGAAUACACACUGGGGAAAAGCCUUUUAUUUGUUCAGUCUGUGCUAAAGGUUUUGGCCUAAAACAAAAUUUGAAAGUACACAUGAGAAUACACACUGGUGAGAAACAUUUUAUGUGUUCAAUCUGUGGUAAAGGUUUCUUACAAAAUAAAUAUUUGAAUGUACAUAUGAGAUCACACACUGGAGAAAAAACAUUUAUGUGUUCAGUGUGUGGUAAAAGAUUUUCUCACAAGCAUCAUUUAAAAGUACACACAAGAGUACACACAGGAGAAACACCUUUUGCAUGUUCAAUAUGUGGUAAAGGUUGUAUACAAAGUACAGAUUUGAAAAAACACAUGAGAAUACACACUGGUGAAAAACCCUUUAUCUGUUCAAUCUGUGGUAAAGGAUUUGGCCUAAAUCAAAAUUUGAAAGUGCACAUGAGAACGCACACUGGAGAAAAAACAUAAUCUUGUUCUAGCUGCAACAAAAGCUUUUAUGACCGAUCAGCUCUGGUAGUACACACACAGGUCUAAAACCUUUUAUCUGCUCAGUCUGUGGUAAAUGUUUUAUACAAAAUGGCGAUUUGAAUAGACACAAGAAGACACACAAGUGACAAAAUGUUGUGUUGCAGUGUGUGUGUGGUGAAAGAUUAUCUUAUAAGUGUAGGAAACACAAAGGUGCUGGUGAGAACAGCAGCAGCACGAUCUUGUUAAUAUUCUUUUACAAUUUAUAGAUUACAUAUCUUUUUCAUUUGAGCUUUUAUCCACCAUAAAUUCAUAAGUUCAGCCAUAAAUACACUACAUUGUGUACAUGAGUUUUCAAAAUUGUCCCUGUUUAAAAAUAAAUAUAAACUAACCCACCUCUGUCCUCAUCUCUU